AUGACACCGUUUGGCAACACAAAAUUUUCUUCAGCGACGGCUAUGGAAACCCUCCCAAACGAACUACUCUUGAAGAUCAUCUCCGAAGUCGUUCUCUCCUCCACAAGGUCUGGCCGUAAACUAGAGCAAUCUCCGCAUAUUGCUGGCACCACCAAAUCAGGUUGGAAGGGACUUGGAAGAGCAGAAGAAAUAUCAAGCGGCAUCCACGCUGUGGCUCUGACCUCCCGUCACCUCCAUGACCUUGCGAACACUGUGCUGUAUCGCACUGUAGUUCUCAAUAGAGAGAAGGAUGUCUUGUUGUUUCGAAGAACUGUCAAUGGCGCUCAAGAAGCGAGUAGGUCUGGAAGAACGGGAGAGGUGGCCAUCACUUCGGCCUUCCUGCAAAAUGCUGUGAAGCGCCUUGCGAUCACGCAUGCACCCUUGAACACUGAUUUCGCAGUGUUCACGCUGCGAAAGCUAGGCACGAAAGUGUCCAGCAGUGACAUUGCCACCAUCAUUGCUGCAUGCUCUGGAGCACACAUGAUAGCCAUACCUUCUCGGUUGGCACCCGCUCUGCGCGACAUUAGGAAAACUGCAGAGGGUUCAGAAGGAGGGGAGGCGCUUGAAAUCCCCAACUUGACUGAGCUCUUCCUCGGUUCUUAUGUCGACCUCGUCAAAACAUGCUGCACAAUCCCUCCAAUUGCUCAAUGGCGGCCCUCGGCACCUUCCACACCCAUUCACUCCCUCCCGACGACCCCGAGCACCACACGUCCUUCGACCCCAGAUCCCAUUAUGCGACACGACUCCACUAGUGCUUUGAAUGAUCCAUCACCGGCUACAAACUUCCACCACGUUACCCACCUUUGCAUCGCGGAACCAGCUUCUGCAUGGUAUUCGCCGCUCGCACUUCUAGAAGUUUUCCCCUCAUUAACACACAUCGCACUCCCCCGUCGCGCACACGCAAACACAGAGAACGACACACACUUCAUUGAGGACGUAAUUGCGAUUUUGGAGGAACCAAGGAUGCGGGUGGUCGUCGUGACCAUUUUCCCGCAGAUCCAAGACGGACCAGAUAAGGAACAAGCUGUCAACAGUGAUGUAGGCGGACCGUUAGACAUCAAGGACAGUACCAUCUGGCUUGCUGCAGAAGAGCUUAGAAAGGGGGACGCGCGUCUGUUUGUCAUAAAUGGACAUUCGGGUAGUUGGACAAAAGACUGGCAGGGUCCGACGGUGGUGGCCAACCCUGAAGGCCCUGGAAAUUGGUGGAGAAAAGUUACGAGCGCAUAG